GAACGUUGUACUUUGAACAGAAACGUUCCAUGCAGGGAUUUAACCUUGCAGUCCUGCAGCCGCCGUCAGACCAGGCGUCUUCUUCUGGACUGGAGGACCUGCAUCAUGUCCACCUCGGUGCAGGUGGCGCCGGUCAUGGAGGAGACGUACGAUGGAGUCGGCCGCUGUAAGUGUGCUUUCUGGUUGGCGGUGAUCCACGACGUUCUGGGCGUCCUGAUCAUCAUGGUGGGGGUGUUCGGCGGCAUUGUGAUCCAUGAUGUCUUCAUCUAUGGCGGCGCCAUCGUCAUCUUCCUCAGCCUGAUCUGGUGGAUCUUCUGGUACUCGGGGAACAUCGACGUUCCGCCGGAGGAGCUGGAGGACGACGUGGGCCUGAUGAAGACCCACAACAGGCGGGUCAGCCGGGCCGUCAGGCGGGUUUCCAACAGGAUCAGGAACUCUUUCAGGAAAAAGGCUCGGCCUGUGGAAGAGGGGCCCUUCAGGGGCACCGGGCCCUUCGGGGGCUACCGGCCCUCAGACUACGGUAUGGAUGUAACGCUCUCCACCAUAUCUGGCAGCUCUAAAGGCUCUUCAUCAAAACAACUUGUGAGAGAAACUCUGUCCAUAUGAAGAGUCAGAGCUGGAGCUUUAUUUGUAUCUUUAUUCAGUUAUUUUUAUGUGUCUGUAAUCAUUAGUCAACUCAGAGCUGAUGAAUGAUAAGACAUAAACUUUGCACACAGCAGCAGCAGUUUGCUGACACACUCAGAGACGACUGACUGUUUUUACUGCUGACUGUCUGUCGCUCAUUUCCAGAUUUCGGAGGAGUUGAAAUGAGGUGAAUUUUAUCUGCAUGAUUUGUUCAUCAUGAAGCUGUAAAUGCUGCUGCUGAAACAAAACACUGACAGAAAACAGAUUUUAUCAGCAGGUGCUACAAGCUUUGGCUUUCCACAUGUUCCCUAUUUUACUAAAUAAUUUAGUAUUUAGAAAUACUAACUUUUUGCCUGUAAUAUAUGUGUAAUGUAAAUUAACAAUGAAACAAACCAAAAAUGAACUUGAUUAAUAACUCAUAAAAUAUUUUUAGAAUUUUUAUGUGAAAUUAAAAGUUGUGUAAAUAUCACAUUUCCAUCUUUUUGUUUAAACACUCAACUGAAAGGUUGAGUGUUUAGCCCCGCCCCUAGUGUCAUCAAGGGGGCGGAGCCUAACACGAUGGGGGCGUGGCUCAGUGUGGGGCCCAGAACAGGGGCUGAAAAACUGCCAGCAGCUUUUCAGACUCUUUAGAACCUUUUAUGGUUUUUGUUUUUGAAAUGUUCAUGGUGACGUGAAGCACCAGAUGUGCAUCCAAUGCAGAAUUUAAGCAAAGAAGUGAAUUCUGCUGUUGUUCUCCACUGGACCUGACUCAACCAAGACGAAUCAGAGCACUUCAUUGAUGGCACCAAUGAGAAAAUGAAUCUGCAAAGUAAUGCUCAACAACAUGCAUGCCACACUUUUUAGAUUUUCAUCUGUGGAAAAAUAUCUAAUUGUAUUGUAUAAUUACUUUCCAUGUAUAAAACCUACUAUGUGUUAUUCUGCCACAUGGUAUCCUAAUAAAAUGCUUUGUAUGUGAGGAUUUAA